AUGAGCGUGGUUGCCGUUGUUGUUGUAGCCGUGCUAGAUCCAGAAGUCGUUCGACUCGUUGCCCCAGCAGAGAUAGAAGGGCUCGAGGUCCCGCUCGUCGAGGCUGAGCUUGUACCAGCAGUUGCACUGGUCGUCAUUGUCGAGCUGUCCGAGAGCCGGUCGUCUCAUCAAAAUCUGAAGAACUUCCAGGUGACCGAGUGGGAAUGCCAGGCCGAUACGUGGACGGAUUUCCCCGAAGUUGUCGUUGAGGUCAUAGACGAACUCGUGCUCGUUAUUGCUUGUCGUCAGGUGCUGCUCUCAUCAGCAUCUCGUUUUUCCGUCACCCCAUUCUCAAUCGUCGUUUCCAGCGUGCUCGUCAAG